AAAAAACAAAACAAAACAACAGAACUGGCACACAGAGUUCCUUUCAACACAAUCAUUUGGAGAGUUUCACAACGCCAAUAUACAACGAAAAAUCAUCAAGAAAAUGUUUAGAUCCAUUUUUGGACUAAAAUUUUUUGCAAGACCUCGGUCUUCAGGAGGUAUGGACUCUUCUUUGAAGAAGUCCAAACGAAGGAGUGAGAGACCUUUGUCUCCUGAAGACCUCAACCCUCCCACCAUCUUGAGGGAGCACGGACGAUGGUGUGAGAGACCUUCGUCUAGUGGAGGCACCAACCCUUCUACCAUCGUGAAGGAGCGCAGGCAAAGGGGUGAGGGCCCUUUGUCUUGUGCAGAAAACCAGCCCUCUAUCACCAGGCAGCAAGAACGAAGGGAUGUGAGAUCUUUGUUCAUCGUGGGCACCAACCCUUCUACCACCAUGAAGGAGCGUAGGCGAAAGGGUGAGAGCCCUUUGUCUUGUACAGAACACAAGCCCUCUACCACCAGGCAGCAAGUACGAAGGGGUGAGAGCCCUUCUACUUCAUCCUCUGAAGACAAGCAGCCUUCUACUCCAAGGCGGCAGCAAGCAUGGAGAGGUGAGAGCUCUUUGUCUUCCUCUUCUGAAGACGAUGAGCGUUCUACCACCAGGCAGCGAGUACGAAGGUUUGAGAGCCCUUCCUCUUCAUCCUCUGAAGACAAGCAGCCUACUACUCCAAGGCGGCAGCAAGCAUGGAGAGGUGAGAGCCCUUCGUCGUCAUCUUCUGAAGAUGACCAGCGUUGUGCCACCAGGCUGCUAGUGCGAAGGGAUGUGAGCUCUCUGUUCAUCGUGGGCACCAACCCUUCUGCCAUCACGAAGGAGCGCAGGCAAAGGGGUGAGAGCUCUUUGUCUUCCUCUUCUGAAGAUGACCAGCGUUCUACCACCAGGCAGCCAGUACGAAGGUUUGUGAGCCCUACUUCUUCAUCCUCUGAAGACAAGCAGCCUUCUUUUCCAAGGCGGCAGCAAGCAUGGAGAGGUGAGAGCCCUUCGUCGUCAUCUUCUGAAGAUGACCAGCGUUGUGCCACCAGGCUGCUAGUACGAAGGGAUGUGAGCUCUCUGUUCAUCGUGGGCACCAAGCCUUCUACCAUCACGAAGGAGCGCAGGCAAAGGGGUGAGAGCUCUUUGUCUUCCUCUUCUGAAGAUGACCAGCGUUCUACCACCAGGCAGCCAGUACGAAGGUUUGUGAGCCCUACUUCUUCAUCCUCUGAAGACAAGCAGCCUUCUUUUCCAAGGCGGCAGCAAGCAUGGAGAGGUGAGAGCCCUUCGUCGUCAUCUUCUGAAGAUGACCAGCGUUGUGCCACCAGGCUGCUAGUACGAAGGGAUGUGAGCUCUCUGUUCAUCGUGGGCACCAACCCUUCUGCCAUCAUGAAGGAGAGCAGACAAAGGGGAGAGAGCUCUUUGUCUUCCUCUUCUGAAGAUGAUGAGCCUUCUACCACCAGGCAGCAAGUACGAAGGUUUGAGAGCCCUUCGUCGUCAUCUUCUGAAGAUGACCAGCGUUCUACCACCAGGCAGCAAGAACGAAGGGCUGAGAGACCUUCCUCUUCAUCUUCUUCAUCUACCACAAGGAGGCAGCAAGAAAGAAGCCCUUUAUCUAUCAAUCUGAGUGCAAGUAAGGAGAGGGAGAUCAUUGAUAGAGAAAAGCAGCGUUUGGAAAGAGAGAGUUGUGAAAAGAUGAAGAGAAAGAACCAGGAGAAGGAGAGCAAAACGUUUGGUCUGCGUUCAAGAAUGUACAUUUGGUGGCUCAAUUGCAAGAUAGACCGCAUUGCCAGGGACAUCCAAUCGACCUUUGUGGAUGAGAGCUACCUCCUGCGUCAUGAUCUCCUCAGAAAUCCAGAGAAAAUGGCAGAAAAAGAACGUCUGCUUGACCGAAGGAGGGAGCUGGUCGUGUACAAACGCAGACAAGAAUUUAAGGUGGAGAGGGAAGUGAGGAAGCAAAGACUAAAGGCAAUGGAGCGCAGGAGAAAGGCUGAGAGCCCUUUGUCUCGUGCAGAAAACAAGCCCUCUACCACCAGGCAGCAAGAACAAAGGGCAGAGAGACCUUCCUCUUCAUCUUCAGAAGACAGUCAGCCUUCUACUCCAAGGCGGCAGCAAGCACGAAGGGGUGAGAGCCCUUCGUCUUCAUCUUCUGAAGAUGAUGAGCCUUCUACCACAAGGAGGCAGCAACAAGGAAGUCCUUUGUCCUUUGUAGACAUCAACCUUUCUACCACCUUUAGGCAGAAUGGAGGAAUUGGUGAGAACCAUUUGCCCUGCAUUGACAUUGACCAGCCUACCAUCUGGUGGGAGCACAUACGAAGGGGUGAGAGACCUUUUUCUCGUGGAGAUUUCAACCCUUCAAACACCUUGAGGCAGGACGGACGAAGUGGUGACAGCCCUUCCUCUACAUCUUCGUCUUCUGAAGACGACGAGCCUUCUGCCACAAGGAGGCAGCAAGAACGAAGGGCUGAGAGCCCUUUAUCUAUCAAUCUGAGUGCAAGAAAGGAGAGGGAGUUCAUUGAAAGAGAAAAGCAGCAUUUGGAGGAGGAGGGUUUAAAAAGAGAAAGAGACAGGUGUGAAAAGAUGAAGAGAAAGAACCAGGAGAAGGAGAGGAAAACGUUUAGUCUGCGUUCAAGAAUGUACAUUUGGUGGCUCAAUUGCAAGAUAGACCGCAUUGCCAGGGACAUCCAAUCAACCUUUGUGGAUGAGCGCUACUGUCUGCGUCAUGAUCCCCUCAGAAAUCCAGAGAAAAUGGCAGAAAAAGAACGUCUGCUUGACCGAAGGAGGGAGCUGGUCCUGUACAAACACAGACAAGAAUUUAAGGUGGAGAGGGAAGUGAGGAAGCAAAGACUGAAGGUAGAGAGGAAGGAAAUAAAUGCGAAGAAGAUGGAGAAUAUCUCUGAGUUAUGCAGCAACUCAGAAUACCGAGCUAUGUUAAAUUUUCUCUACUGGCCACUGCCAAUCAGGUCACAUAUUUAUAUCAAUUAAGAUAAAAGUAGAGCAAUCGGAAAAAUGGCACCAAAUAGAGAGAGGUAAUUGAGGGAGACGGCAAACAUUUCAGAUUUGACAAAACAGAAGUAAAGAAAAGUAAAAUAUUCUUUUAAAACAUUAGCAACCACCAUCAAAUAUCCUUGUAUAUGUUGGCUUUAAUUCAAUUAUACAGUCAAAGAGCAUUGUGCAAAUAACAGUGUCCUAACUUAAAGCCACCUGACCCAAUCUAAUUCAUCCUAACCUAGGCUAAUAUAACCAAGGUUAGCCCAACACCUAUCCUAAUUUAGCUUUGGUUAGGUUCUGGUAGAGACCUUAGGGUUAGACCCUAAAGACAGUAGAAAGAAGAAAGUAAGGCAAGAAUAGGUUGAAAAUACUAAUAAAAACUUAUAAAAAAAACACAGUAGA